AAGUGCACUUUGCUCGUCAGUCAGCGUCAAGAUGUCGAUUUGCCGUACACUAGUUGCACUAUUAUUUGCCUGGCUAGCUCUACAUAAUCCGGCCACAGAGGCUAAUCCUCUCCAGAAACGUGAAGCACAUGCGUCCUAUGAUGUGUAUGAUUGGUUCUCAAGUUUGUUCGAGGAUGAGGAUUCGGAUUCAUCGGAAUAUUUAAUCUGCACCAAUUGCACCGUUGUUGUGGGCCAGCAAAGCACCGCAGCUCCGACAGCUGCAGCUGAGACCUCAGCAGCAACAACAGCAGCAGCUCCAACAGCUGCUGCUCCCACUGCCGCUGCCCCAACUGGUGCAGCUCCUGAAGCCACCUCGGAAGCAGCUCCACCUGCUCCGCCAGGACAGUAGAAUUAACUGAGUCACACACAAUGCAAUAGCAUUCUAAGCUUACACUAAGGGAUUACGUAUACGACCAGUGCCACAGCAACUGCAAAAAAGUUGCAUAAGUUUAACUACAUUUGUAUUAUGUUUUAAGUUUUACACUACUUAUUUCCGGUGUUGGUUAGAAUAAAGAAAUGAGCAGCCUGUCUGCCAGGUAAUUGUGCCCCAAGGCCUCCAAGGCUGCAGCACAUGGAGUUAAA